CUGCGGCGCGUUCGCGCCUCUCGCGAGAGCUGGCGCGGCGGGGAGAGGCGGUGCGUGCCGGGGCUCGCUCCUUUGGUUCGUGGCGGCCAUCUUGGCGGCGCCUCAGCGUUCCCGCCCCAGCCGACGCCAGCCAGCGACAUGGUGGCCGCCAAGAAGACGAAAAAGUCCCUGGAGUCCAUAAACUCUAGGCUUCAGCUGGUUAUGAAAAGUGGUAAAUAUGUGCUAGGAUACAAACAGACUCUGAAAAUGAUUCGGCAGGGCAAAGCCAAGCUGGUCAUCCUCGCCAACAACUGCCCAGCUUUGAGGAAGUCAGAGAUUGAGUACUACGCUAUGCUCGCAAAGACCGGUGUCCACCAUUACAGUGGCAACAACAUUGAGUUGGGUACAGCCUGUGGCAAAUACUACAGAGUGUGCACGCUGGCCAUCAUUGACCCAGGUGACUCUGACAUCAUUAGAAGCAUGCCAGAACAAACCAGUGAGAAGUAAAUGCUGUAAUGGUGUUCUUUCUACAAUAAAGCUGGUUACAGAUCUGUUU